UUAUCGUCACUGACAUAAAUCUUUUCUAAGCCCUAAGCCCACCACCGUCCCCAGCCGCCGCCGCCGCCGCCGCCGCUCAAUCCCCCGGACCGCCCCUCCCACGGAAACACUCCGCCAGUCUCACGCGCGCCUCCGCCACCACCGUCCCCGUUCUUCCCUCCGCGGGGACGUCGCGCGUGCCUCUCCACCCCGCCCGCAGCUUGAGCGGCCAUUGAGUCCGGAGGUAUGGGCUAGGUUGUUCAGCGAUUAGCGAAAUCCCAGCGACCAUCUACACCCCGCCCCUGCGAUUCGCGCCUCCCAUGCUCCCGCGGCGGCUGCAGCACCGCAAAUGCGUCACCGAAUGCUGCAGGCACGUCAGGGCUCCACCCGCUGAAUCAUCCGCCCGCCGCCGCUUCUCAUUGCUCGCUGUUGCGGCGCAGCCAGCCGACUACACCUCCAGCAGCGACGAUGCCGACGACAGGCCCAGCUGCGCUCCUGCUGAAACCGUCCAGAUAAGCAGAGGCCGCGGCCUGAGCUCUGCCAGAGUCGUCCAGAACCUCCGGCUCCUCAAGAGGAGGCCCGAUGUCGCCUUGGCUUACUUCAAGGACACCGAGAGCGUCGGCUUCAGCCACGACCUGUCCACCUAUGCGGCGAUCGUCGACAUCCUGUCCAGUUCCGGCCAGUCCAGGAUGCUCUUCUCCCUGUUCCGUGAGAUCGUCUCGCGUGGCGGCGGCCCCGAAAUCCUGCCGCUCAUGGAUCAUCUCAGAAGAACGUGCGCCGCUUCGGAUUCGCUCGUGUCUGCGACCAAUUGCUUGGUCACGGCGUACAUCACUUGCUACGAUGCGCAGGAUACGAUAGGGUUGUUUGGUGAGCUUUGCAGGCUCGGAGUUGUGCCGUCGGUUUGGGCUUGCAACGCGCUUCUCAGAUUUGCGGCUGACCGUGGUGGCUCGGAGGUUGUUUUAUCGGCUUAUGACCAGAUGAAGCUCCUUCGGCUGACUUUGGAUGCUCAUGCGUUGGGCAUUAUCACUAGGUCUCUUUUUCAAGAGAAGAAGGCAGACAAAGCAUUUGAAGUGUGGGUCGAGAUGAUUGGAUCAGGAGCGAAACCGGAUAUAAGUGGAUACUCGUCGUUUUUAACUGGUCUGUGUGAUUGCGGAAAGAUUGAUUUAGCUUAUGCUAUUCUGCAAGAGAUCAUCAGGGAGGGCAUUCAAGUUGACUCCAUGGCCUAUAACAAGGUAAUGGAUGGGCUAUGCAAGGAGAUGAGACUGGAGGAGGCUGAAAAGCUCUUGGAGAGCAAGAUCAGACUAGGAUUCAAUCCUGAUAUAUAUGGCUAUAGCUAUCUCAUCCGGAGUUACUGCAAAAAGGGAGACAUACUUAAGGUGCUGGAUCAUUAUCAAGCAAUGGAAUCCCAUGGUCUCGGAACAAACUGCCACAUUGUGAGUUAUCUUCUACAAUGCUUUACAAAGGUAGGCAUGGCAUCUCAAGUUACUGAGUAUUUCCAGAAAUUUAGAGAUUCAGGGGUCCAUCUAGAUGGGGUUCUGUAUAACAUUGCUAUGGAAGCCUAUUGCAAGCUCGGGAACGUGGAUGAGGCGGUUAAGCUACUGGCAGAAAUGAAGACUGACGGCCUGGCUCCUGACAGAAUCCACUAUACAUCCCUGGUCAAGGGUUAUUGCUCGAAGGGAGAUAUACCAAAUGCACAGCAAGUGUUUGAAGAGAUGCUGAAGGCCAAUGUAAAGCCAGAUGUGGUCACAUAUAACAUUCUGGCCAGCGGAUUUUGCAGGAGUGGUCUUGUUACGGAGGUGUUUGACCUUCUAGACCAUAUGCAGGAUCAAGGGUUAGAGCCUAAUUCACUUACUUAUGGUGUAGCAAUUGAUGGAUUUUGUAGAAGAGGCAACCUUAGUGAAGCGGAGGUGUUAUUUAAUAUAGUAGAAGAGAGAGGAAUUGAUCACAUUGAAGUACUGUACAGUUCGAUGGUUUGUGGCUAUUUAAAUUCAGGAUGGACUGAUCAUGCUUACGUGCUCUUUCUUAGGGUUGCUAAUCAAGGAAAACUUGUGGAUCAUUUCUCAUGUUCUAAGUUGAUAAAUGACCUUUGUAGGGAUGGAAAUGCCCAGGGAGCUUCAAAUGUAUGUAGCACCAUGUUAGAAAAGAAUGCUGUUCCUGAUCUAAUUUCAUAUAGCAAGCUCAUAGCAGCCUAUUGUCAGACAGGAGAUAUGCACAAUGCUCGUUUAUGGUUCCAUGAUAUGAUUCAGCGAGGCCUUUCUGCGGAUGUUAUUGUAUACACUGUACUAAUGAAUGGUUACUGCAAGGUUGGUCAGAUGCAAGAAGCUUGCACAUUAUUUGUUCAGAUGACAAGUUUAGGUAUUAAGCCUGACGUAGUUGCAUAUACAGUGCUACUCGAUGGUAACCUAAAAGAGUACCUGCAGAAAUGCUGGCAGGGCAUUAGUAAGGAGACAAGGAGCGUUCUUCUUAGAGCAAAGCAGAACCAGUUGCUCAGCUCUAUGAAAGAAUUGGAAAUUGAACCUGAUGUACCCUGUUACACUGUAUUGAUUGAUGGGCAGUGCAAAGCAGAUUAUUUAGAGGAAGCACGGGGACUAUUUGAUGAAAUGUUGCAGAAAGGACUUGCUCCUGAUCUUCAUGCAUACACGGCUCUUAUAAAUGGAUAUUGCAGCCAGGGAGAAAUAGCGAAGGCGGAAGAUCUUUUUCAAGAAAUGGUAGAUAGGGGAAUAAAGCCAGAUGUACUGACCUUUUCUGUCUUGAAGAAGAAGUCCUGAGGCAUAGGCAGGAUCAGCCAUCUAAAGGUAUAAACGAUGCCCCCCAUAGGGGGCUUCACAGCGCUCAGCGCUUCUGGUCCAUCAGAUCUUCCCAUCUGGCCAAUCUCGUCCGUUCGUUCUAAGCUGUGAGCAAGGGUGCUGGUUGGUUCUCCUGCUAGAUAAAACCAUGCAACAGCUGUGUGUUACCCGUCUGAGACUGCCCGUGGGUCCCAUCUUCGGCCGGGUCUACUCGUCGGUCGCUGCAGCUAGGAGUUGGUUUGGUGGAAAAGAUCUCCACCAGGGGCAAUUUUGGGUUUUCCUCCUCCCUGCCUGAGACAAAACCAGAGAAUCCCACAACAAACCCUACCCAUUCAUCGUCCUCUCUCCUCGCGCACCACCCUCCGCAUCCCGCCGCCGCCUGUGCCCUGGCUCCUCCUCUGCGCCGGCGCCGCCGCCCCCGCCUCCUCCUCUGCGAUGCCGCCCCCGCUCUGCCUCCUCCCGUGCUCAACGCCAGCUCGCCCAUCCCUGGUCCUCCCCAUCGAGCUUGCCGCCGCCAAGGCCGCCGCUGCUCCUCCUCCCCGCCCUCUGUCGGUGUUGGAGACAACGGCGAGGUUUGGAGCAGCGGGGGACUUCGUGCCUCUCCCGAGCUGCUUGGCGUGGAGUCCGUGGUUGAGCUCCUCUCCAUCAUCCUCUUGUCUGAAGCCACCAAGGUCGUCAUCGUCCUCACCAACCAUGACCAGACAAGGUCCCCCGCUUCCUGCUUCUCUUGGCUGGCCAGCCCUGUCUCAUCCACAGCCUGCUGAGGGGAGAGAAGGACAUGCUUUGCAACCUCCAUCCCUGGCCCCUUUACAUGGAGCUGCGGCUAGCCAGGUUCAUCUUCCUCUGGCCCAUCUCUCCACAUCCCCUUUGCUGAUUCGAGAUAUGUUUUGUUUCUAUGCAUAUGAACUGUUUGAGGAAAUGUCUAAGCAGGUUGCAUAUGUACAGUUUGAGGAAAUGUAUAAGCAGGCUGCAGAUAGAGGAGGGCCAUCAAUAUCUUUGAGAGAAGCUGGUGCCAUUGAGAAACAUCUUUGAGAGAAGCAGGCACUGUAGAGAACAGGUACUUUACAUUGGGUGAGAAAUUUAUUCGUGUGAUGGAUUGAGCAGAUUGUGACAUUUGUCUACAUUCAUCUCUGAAAUCAAGUUAUAACUCAGAUCUCAUUCUACAUGAGCUACCGUGAAUUUUAUCCUUUCGCACUUUAGAUUGUUGCUAUAUGGAAGUUGGUUGAGAUUUCGUGUCACAAUUCCAUGAACAUGUUUGUCUUGCCUCCAUUAAUCAUAGAGAUCUUGGUUGAUAAACUGUUUAUUUAUUGGAACUAUAAUUUGUUGAUUUUCUGUUCAUCAAAUUUCUAAUUAUGAUAUUGUAAAUAAUUGUUCAAAUAAAUUUAUGUGGUAUUAUGAGAAGAUGAAGCUGAAUAUGUCUAGACGUGUAUUUUGGAAUUCUAGAUCUGUCCCACAUGGCAAUCUUUUAAACAGGUAGUUUUAAAAAUGACAACCGACAAGAAGAGUCACUUCUACCUUGCAAUAUUGAGCUCAGAUAUGAUGCAUAUUUGACUCAGUAAUCUGUGUGCUUAUAUGUAACUUUGAAGUUUUAUUUUGUAGCCUGAUGGUGCUACUACAAAAGUGUGACUUGAGUAUAAAAAUUGCAUUCUUUGGGAGAGCCCCCGCAGGUGCAUAUUUAUUUGUUGGUUUACAUCAAACCCCAUCGAAGCCAUGUUUAGACCCAUGUUUAGUUUUAUGUUUUUCAUAUUUCAAGAAGCGGGUAGUGGCUAAAAAACUACCUGUAGCAGGUAAUGGCUUAAAAUAUCACUGUGUAUGUGGAAACUAUUAUUUUUCUUAUGAAUUUUAUAUGUAUAUCUUCGCUCAGUUAUGCAGGUUGCUUACUACUAUUUUCCAUUUUAUGCUCGCAUUUAUUGAGUCAAAUUGACACAAAGAUUUGUGGUUAUCAUGCAAAUCGAUUGCUGUCAGGUAAUUAAAGCAGAGAUUGGUUGCUUGCCUAUAAAAGAUGACAAGAUUGAUGCAAAAGUUGUACAUGAUCAGCUUUUUUAUGACUUUGCUAUUAAAGGUGCACUCGUGCAGCAGGAUGUUAUGGCUCUAGGGAAGGAGGUAUGGCCCUGCAAAUGAGAUGGCACGUCUCUUGGUGAGAAAACAGGAGACAAGGACGAUUUAGUUGGAAUCAGAUAAAAAAUGGGCCUCACAACUUCAAGAGCAACAUUAAAGUGUCUUGAUAAAGGUUUGGCAAGCUGGCCUCAAAUUUAGAGGUACAGACCGUAAACUUACUUGCAGCAUGCCAGCAAAAGUGGUUUCUGCCCUCUGAAAUUGCAUGCUGACAGUGACCGGUUGGUCCUUCUCCGCCACUUUCAGUGUUUCAGACAGCCAUAUCCUCUAGCAAAUGCCGGUUGGAUUGGCUCAAGGAACAAAACCAGAUGAGAUCUCUACUGCAAAAAUUCUUUACAAUGGGAAUAAAUAUCCAAGUUGUUAAUUAAUUUUGUUAUCAGAUUUCCCCAAGAAUGUUGAAACCUAUGUCCACAUGGUAUGCAUACAAUAGAUUGGCAUUUGGAUUUUGGUGUUCUGACUAUGAGGCUUUCUUUCCUUGGUUGGACUAGGAGCGGAACAAUACAUGAGCCUCUUUCAGUAUGAGUAGAACAUGGCCUCAUUUGGUAAGCUCUCUGUGAUACUAGACAUUCUCCUUGUCUUUCAAGCAUUUCUAGCUUAACCCUUGAACCAGUUUGCUUUUUUAAUUUAAGCCGUCUUAUGUUAUUGACAUCUUCUCUGAUUUUCUCUUACACAUUCUGUUCUUACUCUACCAUUGGAUGCUCUAAAAUUAGAAAGGUUUGUCCUUAGUGUUCCUUGUGCAGAAGGUUGACGUAGCUUCUUUUGCAUAAGAAAAACGGUAAGUGCGUUUCUAUGUUUAUGAGACCGGUUUAUAAAUUCAACCAUAAGAUUCUUCAUUAAAAAACAUCCUGGAACAAAUCCUGUAUUGAGGACCUGAGAAUGAAAAACGCCCCUUUGGUAACCUUGUCUCGACGAUUGUCAAUUCGCGGUUAUGAAAAUUAUGCAGUCAACUCAAACACACUUUUUGGAUUUUUCUUAUGGAUAGACUUAUUAUAAGAGAGAUGCUGCAACACAUGUAUUUCUGGCUCUGCAGAAAUAACUAUUUAUUCAGAGAACUCAACAAGGUCUUUAGACCCGGGAUAAUCCUUGAGUUGAUGCAUAAGGUCUUCUACCAAGCGAAAAGAAGAGUAUACAAUGGCCUAGAGGCCUGGAUAGCAAGAUUUAGAUAUCUCUUUCUCUUUGUUUUUAUUUGCCUCUUUACAUAUCAUCUUAUAUAUAUAUACACUAUUUUCCUAUUGUUGACCUUUUAGAAAAGAUUUGCAAUUGAUACAAAUGCUCAAAGGAAAGAAAUUUCCUUUCAGUUGGUUGUUGUUGUCAAUGUGUUCUUAUUUUCCUUCGGUUGGAAGAUAAAAUCAUAUAUGAGUCAUUUAUUUGUUUGACAGCUUUGAGACAAAAAUAUAAGAGCUAUGUUUCCUGCGACUUUUAGUUGUCUGUGCCCACCUAUUCCUAUGCAUCUAUUAGUUAAAUGAUAUUUUAUCAUAGAUGGAUAAAUGAACAAGCGACCUGAUAUGGUUGGUUUUUAGAUUUCACGUUGCAUGUCUGUGGGAAGAGUAAUGCAUUAAGCAUGGCAUCGGUUGCAAACCAAGUGUAGAUCCAACUAUUAUGCGGGCCACUGAUAUGUUACCUCUUACCAGACUAUUUGAGUAAGUUUUGCAAUUUCUGCUGGUUUGUUAACUAUGGCAGCAAGUACACGUUCCACAAAUGAGGAUGUUUUGAAGCCUUUUCAUGUACAAACAACAUAAGUAAAAAUAAUAACACCAGCAACUUUAAGGUGAGUAACAAAUUGCAAGAAAAUUACAAGACGUGGGCUGACAAUAUUUUGUACAACAGAAGAAAUAUACAAGUGAGUUUGGGGCACUUAACACUUACUGGUUCAGUUUUGGAAUUUUAUCAUCAUGAUUAAUGAUGUCUCUUUGUUAGUAAUAACACUUGAUAUUUAGUUUAUGUUUGGUCCUUCAGCCGGAUGAUGCAAUCAUAAACCUCUUGAGGUGCAGAAAGUUAGUUUAGGAGUUUACUCUUUGUGUCUUUUUUCCCUUCUUGAUAUUCCAGAUGUUCUUCAUCUGAAACACAUGUAGUCACUGUAUACCUGAAUCAUUUCCAUCUAUCUAGAACCCAUAUAUGUCUUCACUUAGUUUUGCAUUGCAAUUAACAAGUUGUAGUGCCCAACAUGGUUACUGAAUUAAAAAAAUGAGUCCUUAUGCAGAUUACAAAUUAAUCGUAUGGACUCUGAGCUUGUUCAGGUAUUACUGAGGGAAAACAUCUAUUUUAUGAAUUUAGGUUUUGGAGGUUCUGUUUGCUAAAACUAGAAAAGUAGCAGUCUUGACGUGUUUUAUCUUCUUAUGCGUCAAUGGUAUUGUUUGUAUUUUCUAAAUCAAUCUAUAUCUCUGUCAGCAUAUUUUCAGAUGCACUUAUGAGCUCUAGGCUUUAUGAUAAGAUGAGCAUGACAGGGAUAUGACGAUGAACCGGCGACCAUGGAAUUUGACAAGGGCUUCAGGAUAACAUCCAAACUCGACCUGAGCCUUUUUCCCCUCUGGCUUCUCCUGCCAGGACUGAGAAUGUGUGACAGAUUUUUUUUAUUAACAUUACAGUUGAAGUUUCAGUGUUGCUUCGGUUCGGUUGCAUCUCUGUUGUGAGCAGAUAUAUAGUACCAUAAAAGCCCUUGUUUAUCUUUGGUUAGUUUGUGUUCAUGGAAAUAAAAGGUUGUCGCAAAACUAUUGCUGCUUCUGUACCUUUUAUUUCUUAAUCCUUUCUUUGUUGUUCUUGUUCUUCAUACAUCGAUGUAGAAAUUCAGCCUCUAGGAUCUUACCAUGAUAUUCAUACGUAUUCUUGUUUCUGGCUAUUUAUGCCUUUUGUAUGGUUGUUUCUUUCCUUUUAAUGUGUAUUUAUACAUGAAAAAAAAGGAUUAGUGCCCAAACGUUGUGCUUUCUCUAAUUUGUUGUCCCUUAUACCUGCUUCUGUGUUGGUCCCUUUUUCCCGUUUCUCGGCAUUGCUUCUGGGUGUUUGUUUCUUGUUUUAUUAUUGAGUUAUUUUCAUGGAAAAAAUGCCUCGGUGCGCACACGUUGGUGUUUCCCACCUUUUCUUUGUUACGCUUGCUUCUAUUUGGUUGCUUCUUGGUUGUGAACAAAUAAAGCUCUCAGAAGUCUUUGUUUCCCUUUAAUUAGUUUUAUUCAUAGAAAUAAAAGGUUGCCGCACAGCAGUUGCUAUUUCUAUACUUUCCCUUUCUUAACUCUGUAGUGUUGUUGUUGUUUUUUGACCAGCUUUAUUACUUGUGCAUUGUGGUUUAGAUGUUGGUUUAUUUCUUUCGCUUGCAUCUGCUUGGUCGUUCUUGUUCUUCCCUGGAGUGUUUUUCUUGAUACAUCUGUGUACGAUUUCCAGCCUCUAUGAUUUACAACGGUAUUCUUACGUGUUCUUAUUUGAUGAUCAUUUGUUGGUUUACCGUUAUGCUUACUUCACAAGGUUAUGAGCUUACUCUUGACUUCUUUGUGCAAGGCCUAUGAGCUUUUAACCUAUGUGGAAACAUUCCCGGUUCUUCACAAGGUAAUGUCAGCAUCUCUGUAUAAGUUAGAUCUGAUGAUCCUUCAAAUGAAAGGUUAUAUAUGGUUAUCUGACACCUUCUGCUUCUCUAUCUGCAAAAUUAUUAGUUAGAUUAUUGAUUAUUAGGGCCAAUAGUCGUUCACUUCAUCAUUGGGUAAACGCAUUAGCUGUUGGCAUGUCCUUCUGCUCAAACUGGAUAUAUCUUUUAUUUGAAUGCAGGGUUUUCUUUACACAAAAAUUGUGCCUUCACCAUGGACAAAAAGAUUGCCAUGUGGUGGUGCUCAUGGGUAUGCGGGCCUGACAUCUUCAGCUACGGAGGUACACCGUACACAGUACACAGUCGGCCUGAGCGACGAGCUGUUCGAUAAGGCAGCGUCUGUGGUGGCUGCUACGAGCUCUGGUGCCUCGGUAGCCCAACCAUCGUCUUGACGGCGACCGACUUCUGCCCACCCAACUUUGGACUUGCGGGCGUCUUUGGUGGCCGGUGCAAGUUCCCCAAGAGGCAUCUCAAGAUGACUGAGGUCGCGUUCCUCUGGGUCACCAAGGCAAAGUCCCAACAUUAUCCGGAUACAAUUUCGAAGGGCUGGAGGAGAAGAGCAAAAUCACAGAGGUGCAGGUUCUUGGCUAGGUGGUGUGAUGUGUUAGAGUAGGGUGGCCUAAUGGCCAGAGGGGAUCUAGGCGUCCUGACGGCCAGUGGAGAUCGUGGCGCAGGUGCUACAUAGGGAAGAAGGUGCUGCCUGGAGAUCUAGGCGGCAUGAUGACCAGAUGAAUCUGGGUGACCUGAUGGAUCGAGGCGGAGGUGCUGCCGAGGUGGAAGAUAGAAGAGGACAGUGAUAAGAUCGUUGGACAGUGAUAGGAUCGUUAUUGAAGACCACAAUGUUGGAUCGCGAUUCGGCAAAGUGUACCGAUGCAGUUGUAGGGUGGAUCUUGUUGAACUUUAAAAUCCAGCACAUAGGGAACAUUGACAAGCUUGUGUUGAUGGGAAAGGCUUCUCCACAGCCAUGGUAAUGGUGGUGUGCCCCCUGGCAGUCCGAGACCACAUACUUCGGAGUACGGAACAACAGCCACUGUGCUGCCCAAUUGAAGCCACCGGGGCUUGGGCCAUAGCUCCUGCGUUUGCUUGGUAGUUAGGGAUGCAGCGACGGUUGCUUGCCCAAAUCAAACUGCAGCCACUAGGACAGAUGGUUGACAGCUGGAGCGAUGAACGCUGAUGGUGAGCACAAUGAUUUGGUGUUUUUCGCUAGUGAAACUGAGGCAAAGGAAUGAGGAUGCCUCUGGUUGGAGGAAACUUGAAAGGAUAUAAUAAUAUCCUCACGUGAAGAUGAUUUUUGGUGAUAUACUGCUGUUGAAUUUGCUUCUAUCUGGAGAGACUUAGGUGCUGAAGUAGACUUGUUUUAUAGAAAAGAACUUCCUCUGAGGUUUCAUUUUUGUAAUCCAGUUGAGUAGAAUGGCCGCUGGCAUUGAGGUUGUGACGGAUAAAGGAGAUGAGCUCAUUGCAACGGUGUUCUGUUAGCUACAUGUGUAUUUCCUUUGUUUCGACACUUAUCUGUUCCGUUUAAGCAUUUGUUCACGUUAUGCAAGCAAUUAUGGGACAACACUUGUUUUGUUUCUGUGGAGUAAAAGUGUAUUGUAUUCUGAAAUACUGAUUUGUAUUUGAAAGAGAUAACUAGCUACUUAUUUGGUAUCAA